CGACAACCAAAAAGCAAUGCUUUUUACAGUGUUUUCGUCGUUAGAGUUGUUUUCCAGCUGUUGUAUUGUUGUUGCGGUGUUGAAAGAAGGCCUACUUCAAACGCCAGCCAUUGUUUCGCUCGCAAAUGUUAAGACGUCCAAGGCUCGCAUUUGAUAAGCUUUCUGUGAAUUUCUUUGUUUAUUGAACAAUCAGAAUGUCUGGUUGUUACUAUCUUUGCACUGAAUUAACGACCUUCCUCGUUGAAUUAUUUGAAAACUGCAUUUAUCUUAACCAAUCAGAACUGAGUAAUUUUUCACGUAUAUUAUUAUAAAAGAACCAAAAAAAACUUGUUACUCGAGAAGUGCCGCACCUCUCUCGUGUCCUUAAAAAUUCCCAAGUGCCUAUAUAACUCAACAAUGCAAUCAGCGCGCUUUUAUUUCUUUAACAUAUCAGUAAAGCCUAAUUUCUUGCGUCAUAGAUGAUGUUUAGACGAAGAUCGUGUCAUGUGCACCUACGAGAAGCCUUCGAGCUCUGAACUGACAUCACUCGACCCUGUGCUUGUUCAACAAACACAGAGCUCCGCUGAGCUUACUGUUCACCUAACCCUUUCACGAACGGAAUCUGGGCUGGCCACCUACGAAACAGUGAGCGACUGCAAAAGAGAGUGCGGCUAUGAUCACAUUGAGACUAAUCGAAAGUUGAGUUCAGUAAGCGAGGGAUGUUCAGAUAUUCAGGAAAGAGCGCCAGAAAACACAGUGUUGGUGAGUGGUGAGAAAGGAAUACAGCAGCCACCUGCUUUGUGCGAUAAAAAAGAAGAAAAUAAGGAUCAUGUAUACGCUGUUGUUCAUAAAGAAAGAAAAGGCAGAGCCAGUUCUGAAGUGAGCGCUCUCGAAAAGACUGCGGGCCGCCCUCAGGAAGAAACAAGUGACUUACCUGUACAAUGGGCGUCCUGUGUAGAUCAGUCCCCGUCUCUGACACCAGAGAAUGGUUCGUCUCAUCAAACUGAUUCAGGGCUCGACAACAACAUAGAAGCUGCAGGGAGCGAGACACCUCAGGCUGGCGGGAACACUGAAUAUUUGUACGCAGCUGUUGACAAGACAAAAAAGAAGAAGCCGCCACAGGUAAUACAUCUCACAAAUCCUGACAAAAGUUUCUUUUUUGUUUCUUUUUGUUUUGUUUUGCUUUUAUCUGUUGGAUUUUUUUUUUUACAUGAAGACGUGUCUCUUUUUCAACACUGUUUCAUUAAGGAAACUAUCUUAAUAUAUUUACCUCUUCGAUUCAUAAUGUCUACGUAUGAUAAUUAAGCGUACAGCUGGAGCACGGCAGCUGGACUUUAGUUUAAGUAUCUAAAGGAUCCUCUGCAACAAACAAAUAAACAAAAAAUACAAGACUAAACUGAUAAAAAUAAAUUUGAAAUAAAAAAAACCUUGAUCAGAAGCAAAGCAAGGGAACAUUGACCCGGUUAUCUUAUCAAAUUCGUUUACAAUCUUUAGUGUUUUAUUUCUCAUUUAAUGUUGUUUUUGUUGCUGUUGUUGUUUGCUUGUUUGUUUGUUUAUUUGUUUAUCUCGUUACUGUGUUGCUAUCGUUAUUUAAUGUCUUUUGUUUCACGAUCUGCUCAGAAGGUAUUAUUCUCUGUUCCAUGUUCGAUGUAGAAGCCUGCUCCAUACCGUGGCCUUGUGUACGCAGAUCUGAUCCUUUCCCGCGAAAACAGUGCAAAGCUUGUCAAAGAACAGUCCCAAACAGUAUACGCCCAAAUUGAUCCCGUCAAGACAGCAAGCGUGAAGAUAUCACAGAAGAAUCCGGAGGAGACAAAGGACGGCGAACAUAAGUGA